CGGGAAGAAAAGAGGGUUAUUAAAGUUCCACGGUCGUAACCUUGAAAUGGCAGGCUCGGAAGGGCUAGGGCUAAAGAAUGAUAUGUAUCUCGAGAGUAAGUGAGUCAGUGGUGGCGGAAGAGAGUGAGGGAAGGAAACGGAGUAGAGAGAUGAGGCGAUGGGCGAGAGGUUGGUGGUUGGUGGGGAGGAGGAGGAUGGUUUGAGGAGGCACAUGCGGGAGAAGGCCCCAGAUAUCUUCUCCUACCGCCGCCGCGAGAUAGCGAGGGUAAUGAGCUCUCAAAACCCCCGUUCAACGACGAGGGGAGAUCAAAUUUCAUGGAACCUGGUCAGCCCCAAGAGAAAUUUGUAACAGGGAGGGCCGGCUAUUAUUAAACCUUCAUUUGCAACUUCGAAGUAUGGGUGGGUGACUCUAAAGCUCACUAACUGAACUACGCCAAUCCCUUCUCGUUGGAACAUCGAGGCUGUCUAGAAAACAUGAGUGGAGGGGAGGGGGCAGGGCUUGGUUUUCGAACUACAGAGGAGGGAAACUCUGUCCGCGCCUAGUCUGCUCGCCUAAGCUGUUGUCGACUCAUCGCGGCCCAAGGUGUUGUUUUACCUUCAUCCCCGCCAUCAUAUCAUGGAUGUCGGACUUAUUGAGUUGCCCCAACUUGUUCACGUGGAUUCGAAACAGUUCAAGAUGAGUUCUGCAGAAAAAGCCACGGUCGAAGCAUGCUGUCACCGCAACGCCAGCAGACAAAACCUAGAGGCGAAACCCAAGAGUGCGUGUGGAAACGCUGGAAAAUCUUGGGGCCGGGAGCCCAUCUUCCCAGGCCUUGACCCCCCUUCCAGACUCAUGCUGGUGGAGCCUGUCGAGUUUCGGCUCCAAUGGUGAAAUGCCUUCGAAGAAAUUAAGUUGCAGCAGCCGAACCCUUGGCGCUGAUGGCUUGUGCUGCCGCUUGGUGAUGGUGGAUGGUUGGAUGGUGAUGGGGCAUCCAAGCCUCAAAUACCACUAUGGUACUGUACUCCGUAACAUUCGUACGUGCCUGUAUGUAAUGUAUGUACAUGUACUUAAUACUGGACUCCGCGACAAGCAACGAAAAAUCAGAGAAAACCAACCCAUGGUGGAAGCCGAUCGGGAUCGCCCACAAAUUGAAUUGUUCAACAGUUCUACAUCAUCGCCUGAAUAAACCAUUUACUAGAAUUUGUAUAGACUACUCCGUAGUUGGCCAGCAAUCCUCCUGGUUGAAGUUAAUAUUAGUUCCAAGAGCCAAUCGUUCUGUGGAGGAUGGUUUGGAACGUCCGGGGUGUUAUUACACCUUGAGGAUUAGAGUAACUACAGUUGGCUAAUAUGGAUGAGGUGCGAAUACCAAGGCAAGCAGGGAUUAUCCAAAUGUGAGUAAGUACAGUACAUAACUACCAUUUCCAAGGCUCU